UGCUCUAACCAGAACUACAGAGAACAGCCACGUUACCUGCACGUUUGCUGACUGUUGUGGCCUGCGUGGUGAGCAUUUGAGGGGCGAAGAAAAUGCCACUGGCUAGAUCGCUGUCCAUGACUUCUCUGAAUGGGCUUCCUCAGUGGGAGGAUGAAGACCUACCAGUGGAGGAUUUGUUGCUCUUCGAAGUUUCUUGGGAAGUUACCAACAAAGUGGGAGGUAUUUACACUGUGAUCCAGACAAAAGCCAAAAUCACGGCAGAUGAAUGGGGUGAAAACUAUUUUCUGGUCGGUCCCUAUUUUGAGCACAAUGUGAAGACUCAGGUGGAAGCAUGUGAGCCUCCAAACCCCGCAGUUAAGAAGGCAAUGGACACCAUGAAAAGCCAAGGGUGUCAGGUCUUUUUUGGAAGAUGGCUGAUAGAGGGCAGCCCAUAUGUCUUACUGUUCGAUAUAGGAUCAGCAGCUUGGAAUCUGGACAGGUGGAAAGGUGAAUUUUGGGAUGUCAGCAACAUAGGGAUCCCUUUUCAUGACCGAGAAGCCAACGAUGCUGUGAUUUUUGGAUCGUUAACAGCCUGGUUUUUAAAAGAGCUUUCCUGUCAGUUUGACGACAAGCCCAACGUAAUUGCCCACUUCCAUGAGUGGCAGGCAGGAGUGGGUUUAAUACUGUCUCGAUCUCAGAAACUUCCUGUUGCCACAAUUUUUACUACCCAUGCGACUCUGCUCGGGAGAUACCUUUGUGCAGCCAGUAUAGAUUUUUACAACAACCUUGACCAG